AAGGCCAUUGAUCAUCUCAUUAGUUAUGUAACCAAUUUACAGCUUCUAGCAAAUCCCCAUCAUGCUUCCAUUCCUCCCUACUCCUGUGUUCUCAUACUCAAACAUGGAAAGUCUCUUAGAUGAGGAUCCCUUCAGCCAUAACCAGAGCUACUUCAAUAAAGAAAGUGUGUCCUCAUCAGAGUACUCAUUUCCUCAUCAAUUUUCUUCACCACAGCCACAGGUUGAAGUUGAAAAAUCUACUUCACCAUCCCCAGACACUACCAUGGUCAAGAAGCUUAGCCACAAUGCUAGCGAACGUGACCGCCGCAAAAAGAUCAAUACCUUGAUUGCCUCACUUCGUUCACUUCUUCCCGGACAAGAUCAAACGAAAAUGAGCAUUCCAGCUACAAUUUCCCAAGUCAUAAAAUACAUACCUGAGUUACAAAAGCAAGUGAAAGGACAAACGAAGAAAAAGGAGAAGCUUCUACCGAAAAUUAUUAGUCAAGGAGAUGCAGUAAACGAAGAAUCUCCAGGGAAGAAGAUUCCCCAUCACAACUCUGAUUUCAUAGUUUCAAAUAGUUGGCUCAAUGAUAGUGAGGCUGCUAUUCAUAUUUCCUCUUAUGAGGCCCACCACAAGACUCCACUAACUGAGAUCUUGCUGUGUUUGGAAAAUAAUGGGUAUUUUCUGCUAAAUGCUUCUUCCACUGAAACCUUUGGAGGAAGGAUCUUCUAUAACUUGCAUUUCCAGGUGGAAAAAACUCAGAGAUUAGAGUCUGAUAUUCUAACUCAGAAGCUUUUGUCAAUAUAUGAGAAGAAGCAAUGGAUGUUCUAAUAAAUAAGUGGUGGCUCUAAUUAUGAAGAUCAAAUGUUAUUCACUGUACUGCUCUGAUAUUUAGUUUGAGGAGUUGACUCCUAUACCAGUUGUACAUAUUUUGGAAAACACGGAUCACAGCUUAGAAGACAACAAUUACGUACCACUUAUCUUAAAUAUAAUUGGUUCACGUUUAUGAUUAGGGUGAUUUAAUCCAAUCUUUGCAUAGGGACAUUUAAAAAACCCCUACAAUAUGAUUUGGGUAUAUAUGUAUGUAUAUUAUAUAUAUUGUAGAUUUUAGGAGUUAGUGUAUGUUCUGUAAACAAAAAUGUUAAAUUAAAACCCGGCCCUUUUGUUAUUGA